AUGCAGUGCCCUAGGCCAGAAUCCGCCAACCCAGAGCAGACAAAGCCGCUUCCGCGCCCCCUCGGCUUCGGAGCCAAUGCCGGCCGCGUCCUGGAGCCUCCGUCGUGGGGCUUGUCCCUGAGCCCGCUGGGCAGCGUCACCUCCUCGCCGAGGGCCUCGCCGCAGUCCAGCAAGGCCAGGAUGAAAAAGCUUCCGAAGAAGAGCCAGAACGAGAAGUACCGGCUAAAGUACCUGCGGCUGCGCAAAGCGGCAAAGGCCACGGUGUUUGAAAAUGCUGCUAUUUGUGAUGAAAUUGCUCGUCUUGAAGAAAAAUUCCUUAAAGCAAAAGAAGAAAGAAGGUACUUGCUAAAGAAGCUUCUCCAACUUCAGGCUCUAACUGAGGGGGACGUACAGGCUGCAGCUCCUUCCCACAGCUCCAGUUUGCCCCUGACUUACGGUGUGGCCAGCUCUGUGGGAACUAUACAGGGUGCUGGGCCCAUGUCUGGGCCCAGCACUGGGGCUGAGGAGCCAUUUGGGAAGAAAUCCAAGAAGGAGAAAAAAGAAAAAGGCAAAGAAAACAACAAACUGGAAGUUCUGAAGAAAACAUCCAAGAAAAAGAAAAUGGAGGGAGGUGCUCGCAAGCUGGUCCAGCCCAUUGCCCUGGAUCCCUCUGGACGGCCUGUGUUUCCCAUCGGACUAGGGGGUCUAACAGUGUAUAGCCUGGGGGAGAUCAUCACCGACCGACCUGGCUUCCAUGAUGAGAGUGCCAUCUACCCUGUGGGCUACUGCAGUACUCGAGUGUAUGGCAGCGUGAAGUGCCCAGACCAGAUGUGUCUGUAUACCUGCCAGAUCAAGGACGGUGGUAUGCAGCCUCAGUUUGAAAUUGUUCCUGAAGAUGACCCCCAGAAUGCUAUUGUCAGCUCUUCUGCAGAUGGUUGUCAUGAAGAACUGCUCAGGACCAUCAGUGAUACUGUGGGGAAAUUGAUGCCUAACCUGCUUCCAUCAGGAGCUGACUUUUUUGGGUUUUCUCAUCCAACCAUCCACAACCUGAUACAGAGUUCUCCAGGAGCUCGAAAGUGUGUCAAUUACCAGUGGGUGAAAUUUGAUGUGUGCAAACCUGGAGAAGAGCAGCUACCCCAGGGUCCACCAGAGAAUGAUGCAGCUGUCAGCUUUGAAGCUUUUCAGAGACAAACUUUUGACGAAGACCAUCAUGAUCCCAUUUUUCCAGGAUCCUUGGACCUCCCCGCGCUGCAGUCUGCAGCCUAUGUGGCCUCUUAUCAGCCUGAGUUCCUAACCCAGGAACCCUUGGUAGAGACACAUCUACAGCACCUGGAGUCUACACCACAAUGUAGCCCAGCCCAGUCUUCAGACUGAACAAGAGGAGGUCAGAGCCUCUUCAUUUUCAUCAUAAGGAAUGUUUUUAACUUGGAUUGUAUGGAAGGCAGCAAUUCAGAAAUAAAGAAGAUAAUAUAUUUCAUCAUGGAGGUUCCCGUGGUGACAGUGUACCCUGAGAAAACUUCACUUGCUUUAUUUUCAGUAAUAAAUUUCUGUUGAGAGUUC